AUGCACAAAAGCAAGGAGUUUGUGGAGAACUGGGUGAUGGCUGCUCGCCGUCAGCACCCGAUGGUUGUGGCUUGGAAGGCUCUGUUCAACGGAUACUGGGACAGCAAGACGAGGGCAGAUGCGAUGUCAAUGUUCUUGGAUCCACCCGGAGUCCCAGAUCAUCCUCUGUUCCAGGGCGUCGACCUAAGCCACUUAAAGCGCUUCGGGCAAGAUCUUCGCAACUACCUUCUCAUGCACGCAGCCUUUAAAAAACUGAUUGAUCAGUAUCCAGAGUUCCGACGAAUCUGGGAAGAAGAAAUGGUCUUGAUCCGAGCAGAUGAUACCGCCUUCUGGCACAUGGAAGAGCCGGACGUCAAGUGGGAUCCGGAGGCCGCUUUGCGCAAAUGGCGUGGCAGAUUGGAUCCGGCUUGGCUAGACUAUGUGCGCUCGUCUUGUCCA